AUGGGUCCCCGAAACAUCCGCUCGGAUUCCGAGCAUCAAAGCCCAUUCAGCCGGUCAUUUGCCUCCAGCUCGCCUAUUGCCGCAUCAGCUAUUGCCCGCGACCUGGAAAACUACAGCGACGACGAUCAAACUCGGACCGAUGAAGCUUCCGACAGCUCCACGGCCCGCCCGCCCGGCAGCUACACCAGCACGCUCACCCGCUCUUUAGCAGGGUCAUAUCGCCGUCCUAGCAAUUUUACCUCCAUAAGCCAUGCGACCAUAAUACCCUGGGCUGGCGAACAGCAAGUGCUGUCCAAAAGUGAGCGCCAGCAAGCCAUCGAAGAAGAACGCCACCUGUUGAGCGAUAACCAUGUUAUCUCGCCUGAGCAUGCGCAUGGCAAAUCGCACGGCCUUCAGCGUAAAGUGAGCGGGCUGUUAUCUGCCGCUAUCGGACAAGGACCUUCAUCCCGACGUGCGAGUCGAUCUUCGCAACCGGGAAGCAGAGUCCGAGAGGCGGACACGGCAAGCGAAACGACUGCUCUGCUUGGUGAAGCUGCUUCUGAAUCUGGCAGUGAGAUGGGCUCGGAAGAGAUUGAUCGGAAAUGGGACGAAGCCGUCGCGGCAGGUCUGAUUCAGACCACUUGGCAGCGCGAAGCCAAGGUUAUUGUGAGAUACUCGUUGCCCCUGAUGGUGACUUUCCUACUGCAGUAUUCUUUGACUGUAGCGAGUAUUUUUACCAUUGGCCAUUUGGGAAAAGAGGAGCUUGGAGCGGUUAGUCUUGCGAGUAUGACUGUGACCAUUACCGGAAACGCAGUGUACUCUGGUUUGGCGACUAGCUUGGAUACGCUCUGCUCACAGGCAUAUGGAUCUGGGAAGAGGAAGCUAGUGGGACUGCAGAUGUUGCGGAUGGUGUAUUUCCUUUUGCUUGUCACCAUUCCUAUUAUGGUUCUUUGGUACUUUUCCGAGCAUAUCCUUGCCAAGAUUGUGCCUGAAAAAGAGGUUGCCAAAAUGGCCGGUCUUUAUUUGAAGGUUGCUCUUUUGGGAACACCUGGGUUUGCUUGCUUCGAGAGCGGCAAGCGAUAUCUUCAGGCCCAGGGUGUGUUUUCAGCAUCUCUGUAUGUCCUGAUCUUCUGUGCGCCACUGAAUGCCUUCCUCAACUGGUUCUUCGUUUGGAAACUUCAAUGGGGAUUCAUUGGAGCCCCGAUCGCCGUGGUGAUCACAGAGAAUCUACUUCCGAUCUGCCUAUUUAUCUACGUCUAUUUCUUCGUAGGAUCCGAGUGCUGGUGCGGUUUCAGCAGACGAGCAUUCGAGAACUGGGGCCCAAUGAUCCGACUAGCUCUCCCAGGGCUGAUCAUGGUGGAGGCAGAGUGUCUAGCAUUCGAAAUCCUGACACUCGCAUCCAGCUACCUCGGCACGUCCGCACUAGCAGCGCAGUCCAUUCUCGCAACAAUCUCGAGCAUCACCUGGCAGAUCCCAUUCCCACUUUCCAUCGCGGGUAGCACGCGAAUAGCAAACUUGAUCGGGGCCACCCUGGUCGAUGCCGCCAAGACCUCAGCAAAAGUCAGUUUCUGCGGAGCCGCCAUCGUCGGGCUAUUUAACAUGGUUGUUCUGUCGACGUUGCGCUCGUAUAUCCCCAGACUUUUCAGCUCCGACCCUGAAGUCGUGGAGAUGGUAGCACAGGUUCUUCCGCUCUGUGCGGCCUUCCAGCUCUUCGAUGCCUUGGCAGCUAAUUGCAACGGUAUUCUUCGUGGUCUUGGUCGCCAGGAAGUGGGUGGCUACGUUCAGCUCUUCCUUUACUAUGUGAUUGCCAUGCCGCUCAGCAUGGGUACGACGUUUGCUCUGGGUUGGGGCGUCAUGGGUCUUUGGACUGGCGUGGCUCUUGCCCUCGGACUUGUUUCUCUCAUCGAGGGUAUUUUCAUCUGCCGCGCUAAUUGGGAUCGUUCCGUCCAGGAUGCUGUUCGGAGGAAUGAGCUGACUUGA